GCUGGGCAGCAGCAGGACGCCAGGCCAGCCGCUCACGUUAUUAAAAGCUUAGCUGGUGGUUCCCCUCCAGCUUGGUGCAAUCCUUCCAGCCCUCCCCUCCCCUGUGAUGGAUGGUGACAAAUGAGGCCUCUUUUCACAUCGGUAGUGGCUCUUUUCCUCUUGUCUGGGAGUCAAAGAAGAAGGGUCCGAGAAUGUCCAGCGCAGCCGGGAACCAGACCACCUCAGGGGACACAGACGACUAUUCCUAUGGCAGCUGGUACAUCGACGAGCCCCCGGGUGGCCAGGAGCUCCAGCCCGAGGGAAUGGUACCCUCCUGCCACCCCAGUGUGGCCCCUGGCCUUCUCCAUGCCUGCCUGGCCGUGCUGUCGGUCCUUGUGUUGCUGCUGCUGGCCAUGUUGGUGAGGCGCCGCCAGCUCUGGCCCCACUGCGGACAUGGCAGGCCCGGGCUGCCCAGCCCUGUAGAUUUCUCGGCUGGGGACGGGCCCUGGACCGUGCCCGCGGCUAUCUUCAUGGUCCUCUUCAGUUCCCUGUGCCUGCUGCUGCCUGCCGAGGCCUCGCUGCCCUUCCUGACCCUGGCCUCACCUCUCAGCCCAGAUGGGGAAACUGAGACUCCAAGAGGGUCCUGGAAGAUGCUGGCCCUGCUCUAUUACCCUGCCCUCUACUACCCACUGGCUGCCUGUGCCACAGUCAGGCAUGGAGCCUCACAUCUGCUUGGCACCGUGCUUUCCUGGGCUCACUUUGGGGUCCAGGUCUGGCAGAGGGCAGAGUGUCCCCAGGCGCCCAAGAUCUACAAGUACUACUCCCUGCUGGCCUCCCUGCCUCUCCUUCUGGGCCUUGGAUUCCUGAGCCUGUGGUACCCGGUGCAGCUGGUGAGAAGCUUCAGCCAUAGGACUGGAGUAGGCUCUGAGGGGCGGCAGAGCAGAUACGCUGAGGAAUAUCUGAGGACCCUCCUUUGUCGGAAGAAGCUGGGAAGCAGCUCCCAUACCUCCAAGCAUGGCUUCCUGUCCCGGGCCUGGAUCUGCUUCAGACACUGCAUCUAUACUCCACAGCCAGGCUUCCGACUCCCCCUGAAGCUCGUGCUUUCCGCCACCCUGACAGGGACGGCCAUCUAUCAGGUGGCCCUGCUGUUGUUGGUGGGCGUGGUACCCACCAUUCAGAAGGUGAGGGCAGGGAUCACCACGGAUGUCUCCUACCUGCUGGCCGGCUUUGGGAUCCAGCUCUCUGAGGACAAGCAGGAGGUAGUGGAGCUGGUGAAGCACCACCUGUGGGCGCUAGAAGUUUGCUACAUCUCGGCCUUGGUCCUGUCUUGCCUACUCACCUUCUUCGUGCUGAUCCGCUCCCUGGUGACACACAGGGCCAACCUGCAAGCUCUGCACCGAGGGGCUGCGCUGCGCCUGGGCCCCCUGCCUCAGAGCCGCCAUCCCUCCCGCCAGGCCAUAUUCUGUUGGAUGAACUUCAGCGCCUACCAGACUGCUUUUACCUGCCUUGGGCUCCUGGUACAGCAGGUCAUCUUCUUCCUGGGGACCGUGGCUCUGGCUUUCCUGGUGUUCAUGCCCGUGUUCCACGGCAGGAACCUCCUACUCCUUCGAUCGCUGGAGUCCUCGUGGCCCUUCUGGCUGACCUUGGCCCUGGCUGUGAUCCUGCAGAACAUGGCAGCUCACUGGAUCUUCCUGGAGACUCACCAUGGACGGGCAGAGCUCACUAACCGGCGCAUGCUGUACGCGGCCACCUUCUUUUUCUUCCCCAUCAACGUGCUGGUGGGUGCCGUGGUAGCCGGCUGGCGAGUGCUCCUCUCUGCCCUCUACAAUGCCGUCCACUUUGGCCAGAUGGACCUCAGUCUGCUGCCACCUAGAGCCGCCACUCUUGACCCAGGGCCUGUCUGGGGCCCUUCUACCCAGCACUGCCAUCUCUCACCCACCCCAGGCUACCACACAUACUGCAACUUCUUGAAGAUUGAGGUCAGCCAGGCGCAUCCAGCCAUGAUAGCCUUUUGUGCCCUGCUCCUGCGAACACAGAAGCCCCGGCCUCCCGGGACCCCCCAGGAUGGCCUCAGACUCAGGGCGGAAGAAGAAGGGAUGCAGUUGCUACAGACCAAGGACCCUGUGGCCAAGGGAACAGGGCCCAGGGCCCCCCAAGGCAGGGCCCGCUGGGCUCUGGCCUACACACUGCUGCACAACCCAGCCCUACAGGCCUUCCGGAAGCGGGCCCUGUCAGGUCCCCAGGCCACUGGCGCCCAGUCCUGAGCGUGAGAGAGGCCCAGCCACACGCUCCCAUCUGCACGGAGUGCUCCCCCAGCCCCUCCCUCCCAGCUCUCCCAGCGUCACCCUGCCGUGUCAGCCUCUCUGCUUAGUACCAGCUCUGCCAGCAGGUCCCCUGGACGAGGACCCCAGUGGCCAGCCCCAGAGACUGGAGGUCACCCUGGUUGGGUGGAGGCCUGUCCACACUACAAGUCUCAGGUGGGCUCUAGUCUGCCCCCUUGGUCUUGGAAGCCAGAGGGGGCUCUGGAGAAAGUAACUGGUGGUUUAGGCCCUUGGUCCAGGAGCCAGUGGAACCAGGGCGGAAACAUCUAGGCCUCUCCCCACGCUGGCUCUGCUGCCAGCCUCCAGGGCACACUGAAGCCUUGGGCACACUGAGGUUGGUGAUUCCGUCUGGGACAGCUUCUUGCUCCAGCUCAGCCCCGCCUCAGCCUUGGACCUCAGCACCUCUCUCCUGCAGCGUCCGCCUCUCCGUUCUGGGGCCUCGGGGCCUGCAGGGCAGCCGGGGAGGAAACCAAUGGGUUCCUACAGCAACAGAGUCACGGCUCACACCUGGCCCCACGUGGAGCUGCCCACACUUGAGAGCCUGAUAUUUUUGUAGUUGGUAUGCCUUUAGAUACUAUGAAAGAGGUUAGUGUAUUCCCUGUAAUAAACUUGU